GAGCCAUUCUGAGCCUCGACCUCUUCCUGUUCAGACUGCCGACGAAAAUUGGCUGCUGGAAGACAAUACAUACCACACCUUCAACAUGGUCAAACACCACCUCAUGAUCGGCACGUGGACGCCGCCCGGGGUCAUCAUCACCGUCUCCUUUGACGAUGAGACGCUCAAGCUGGAGCUUGUCAAGAAGACGGACAUUCCAGAGGACGAGCCGAUAAGCUGGAUGGCCUUUGACCAUCAACGGAAGAACAUCUAUGGCGCCUCGAUGAAGAAAUGGAGUUCCCACCACGUAAAGAGUCCCAGCGAGAUUGUACACACAGGCAGCUUUCCCAUGGGCGGACACCCCAGGGCAAACGACGCUGACACCAAAACACGCGCCAUUUUUCUCUUGCCCGCCCAAAAGCCUCCUUAUGCCGUAUACUGCAAUCCAUUCUACGACCACGCCGGCUACGGCAACAUCUUCUCAGUCGAUGCCUCCGGGCACAUCAAGGAGAACAUCCAAAACUACGAGUACUGCGACAAGACGGCCAUCCACGGCAUGGUUUUUGACCCCUCGGAAACCUACCUCUACAGCGCAGACAUGUGGGCAAACCGAGUUUGGUGCCACAAGAAGAUUGACGACGAGGGCAGACUGGACACAGUCGGCUACACCGAAGCACCCGCGCCAAAGGACCACCCCAGAUGGGUAGAAAUGCAUCCAUCCGGUAACUACCUGUACGCCCUGAUGGAGGGGGGAAACCGCCUCUGCGAGUACGUGAUUGAUCCGCAGACUAAGCUGCCGAUUCACACUUACAAGACAUAUCCCUUGAUACCUCCCGGCAUUCCAAACGCAGACACCAUGUACCGCUCCGACGUGUGUUUCCUGACGAAGUCGGCACAAUACCUGUUCGCAACAUCGCGCUCAAACUCCUUUUCACUCACGGGCUACAUUGCAGCGUUUAAAAUCGGUCCCUCGGGCGCCAUUGAGCGCCAGAUCUGUCUGAACCCCACGCCCACGUCGGGCGGCCACUCCAACGCCGUGUCGCCGUGCCCCUGGUCGGACGAGUGGCUCGCGCUGACCGACGACGAAAAGGGCGGCGUCGAGAUAUACAGAUGGCACGACGAGUUUCUGGCUCGCGUUGCGCGGUUGGAGGUUGGUGAGAAGGGAUUCGGUAUGAAUGCGAUAUGGUAUGAUUAGUUGAUAUCCAUAUUCUGCAUGUAUCAC